ACUGAAAUUUAACAAAGCCAUUAUGUCAGACGAGUCCCCGAACGUUACCUAUUCCCCUGAGGAUGAGCAACAGAAUGAUGAAGAAAUAGAGAACAAUUCAAGCGCAGAUUCACCUUUUAAGGAGCCCAUCUGUAUGAAACUAGCACUUGAUGAUCAUAUCAAAGCUUUUAAGGAAAACACUUACCUUGAGAGGGAGUUUGAGGCUUUACAAUGUAGCAGUGAAUUAAUAGACAAAGUAAUUUCAAAUUACAUUAUUGUUAAGCAAAUACUAAGUAACUUGCGCUGGCAAGAAAAGAUAUUGUGCAAACAAGUGUGCACAACAUGGAACUCUGCUGUACAUGCUUUGAGCAGAGAACAGUUGGGACCUGUCGACUUUAUGAUGAACUUGCGAUCAACGUCUUUAACUUGGGCUGUGUUGAAAAGAUCGGGUAACUUUUAUAAUGAGCCGAUGGUAGUUAUGACAUUUGUUAAUGGUUCCGGGCUGGACAUGACCAGCCAAUGUAAAUUAAUUGAGCCAAGCCCUUGUGCUAUACCUUGUCUUUACGACCAUAGCUUGCUAGAUUCAGUCCAAAAAUACACCAGUGCACCAAAAGACUGUAUGAACAUGAUACGUUCUGACUAUUUAUCAUACUGGCCCACACCAAGUUCAGUCACAUACGAACAUGCCAUUGCUAACCUGAAGGUCAAUCCGUAUAUGGUUGGAUUAUUCAUACCUGUCAUACCAGAUGUGGAGUAUCAUGCAAUCAAUAUUAAAUCUAUGGGCAACAUGCAACAAGAAUUUUACGAUGUUGUUAAAAAUAUAUCAAAGGAUAGAAUCUUUAAAGGUAUAAUUGUAUAUGUGACAGACAAGUACCUUUUGCAUUCUGUUGAGGACAUUAUCUUCUUGAAUUACAUCAAAGACUUGCAACCAGACAUACCCUAUGCUAUAGGAGGUUGCAUAAUAGAAGACACUAUAUUUGAGCCGAGUGAUAUUAACGGUUUGAUAGAAGGGAUCAAUGCAUAUCGAGACUUUUUCAGUGAGAAUUUAAUCUCCCUCGGCAUGUUUACAGUACCAAAAAGUCCACAGAAGAAUGAAUACAACUUUAAUAUGUACUCUCUUGUACUUGAUUCUUCUCACUGGGCUAAGCCGAAGAUACAGCAAGCUAUUAAUGAGUUUUCGUGCAGAGUCCCACAGUUCGAGUAUAGCGCAGCCCUCAAGCUAUCCUGCGUGGGUCGCGAUCAGAAGCACCAAUGGGAGCAAGAUUGCUUCCGUGCGGCAUUCCCUAACACCACCAUCGUCGGUUGCAAUGGAAACGGAGAGUUGGGUGUUGACCACCCGCCCAGACCAGAUGAACCGUCACCACAAUCAUCAGCUAAACGACACUGUGGGGAUUCGGGCCCUCAGUUUGGAAUAGUGUAUUCUUAUUCCACAAUUUUCAUUUACAUGGGGUGGGGAAAGAUAUUGUCCAACAGACCUGCAUAAGCUAAACGCACAGAGGUCAAUGCAUUUUCAGUGUGUAUGACCUCAUUUGUAUUUUGCAUCCUUGGACUAUGGAGUAUCCAAAGACAUGCUAAUUAUUCAGCCAAUCAGGGCCAACUGAUAAUGUUUGUCUUAUUACAUUUUAAUAAAACAUUUGUAAUACCUUAUUGUAAUUCAAGAUACUAUAUUUAUUCUAGAUGAUAUAUAGGUUGUUUAUGAGAGGGGCAUCAUAUGCUCGUAACGUUUAAAGAUAUGACAAUUUCAUUUUAGAAAUGUAUUUAGGCAUUAACCACAUUAAAACUUUAUUUUUAAAUAUAUUUUUCAAAGCGGCCUAAAACGUUUGCUUUCUUAAUAGUUACUGCUGCUAGGGACAUUAAAAAAAGUUGUUUGUUGUAGUGUUUUUUUUUCUAACACUGCCUUGUGCAUUUCAUUGAUGCAAAAAAGCACUGCUUACCUUGGGGUAGAUUUUUUUAAACUUUGAGAAUGGUUUUUCCGUCUUAUAAUAUUUGUCUGGUUAAAGCCUUUUCUGUCGUAAAUCACUGAUUAAAUAAAGUUUUAAUGCGGUUUGAAAACCAGAAGACUUACAAAUAAACGGCAUAACUUGGCAAAUAGUUAGGCUAUGUUUUUUCGAUAAGCACUGAAUAACUGUUCAGCCAUUUUACUGGUGAAGACACUUGUUUACUCAAGAAAUAUAGAUACUUAGAAGGCGACUUAAUAUAUGUUCAAAUUCAAAAUUCAUUUAUUUCAAGAAGGCCCAGUUUAUAACCACCUUUGAAACGUCAAUUCAGUCUGUUUGUAGUGACUACCACCGGAUUCCCUCGAGAAGAGCCAGUAAGAAACUCAGCAGAUUGUUCUUUUUUGAACAUCAUUUUACAGUUCUUCUUCUUUAAAAUUUUGUAUCUAGUGCGAGAUGAUAGCGGAACCUGCUUCCAAGCAGCCUUGUCGUGAACCGAUAUUAUGUCAAUAAAAUUUUAGGGCAGUUCUUUAAUAUUUCUUAGUUUUAUCCUAAGAACAAUGAAUAAUACCUAUAUAGAAUCAAGAUUAGAAUAAAAAGAAGUUCUCCCAUAUCUUAUAAUUUUUUAAAAAUUAAGUAUCACUAUACUGUGUGUGAUACAAAAAAAAAACUAUAGUCGGAAAAAUGUAAUA